UUUUUAACAGCAGGCCCGCUGAAUUGUGGCUGUCAAAACCUCUGUGGUCCCAUCCACAGGGAAUGAAGAAGAAAUCUUGUUUUGUAUGAUCAUAAAUAACGAGGUGUUUCCUGUUACAUAGCGUUAUUUGACAUUUCAUUAAACAGUGAGCAUCCGUACUGUACCAGAAACUUUUUAUUUAAAAGAUAUGGAUAAACUGAGAAGAGCUCUUAGUGGUGAUGACAGCCAACCUGAUGAAGAAAGUGGUAUUAUGCCUCAGUUGUUAGACUCAACAACACUAAGCUGGGAAACAAGAAUAAAAGGAUUCAUUAUCUGUUUUGUCAUCGGUAUUUUGUGUUCUAUUCUUGGAUCGUUGUUCUUGUUCAUGCCUACAGGCAUGGCAGUGUUCGCAGUAUUCUACACAUUAGGCAACAUUAUAACCAUACUAAGUACGUGUUUCCUCAUGGGUCCAGUGAAUCAAUUAAAAAAAAUGUUUGCUCCAACACGAGUAAUAGCCACCAUUAUUGUCAUUGUGAUGUUCGGGCUCACACUAUUUGCAGCUGUUGGGCUCCAUAAAGCUGGCCUAGCUCUGGUGUUUGUGAUCAUCCAGUCCCUAGCAAUGACAUGGUACUCCCUGUCAUAUAUUCCCUAUGCUCGUGAUGCUGUCAAGAAGACUGUGUCUGCAUGCGUUACCUAAAAUAGAACAUCUGAACUACACUACUGACAAAGGCAGCUCACUACAAAAAUACUGUUGAAGCUGUUGGUUGGGAGAAAUGUCAAUAAUUGCUAAUGCUGUAACUAUAAACUGUGGUUAUCUUUGUUCAGGUUCAUACCAGAUGUUGUGUUCCUAUCAGAAUUCUUCCUGCAGUUGUUGGAAUCAGGUCCUCUAUAUGUGAUGUAUUAGACUAGUAUUUUGUGCCUUAAACCAGGGCUUCAGAUUGAUAUAUGAUAUCAUACAAAUUUGGUUUCUGGAGUUUACAUUGUUUGCUGUGAUGGAAUAGUAUCUUUAAGAUGAAUGUGUGGUAUGUCUUUUAUAGUAAAUUUCAGCUAAUUUGUGACACUAAAAUGUAUGUUCAUGAUUGAUAUGAAUGUAUGUUAAUGAGUUUCUCUUGAUGUUUGAAUAUGGCAUUUGUGAAUUAAAAUUGUCAACAACAUUAAAUGAAAUUAUAUUUGGGUAACAGAAUAUAUAACAUAACUUUCCUACUCUUCAUUAAUGGGAAGCACAUAUCCCACCUCAAAAGUAAGCUCAAAUAUACUUUUUUAAGAAAUAAUUUAACCACAGAAGCAUUUAAAGUAUAUUUUGUGAAAAUCUUGUGUUGUACAGCAAUUUAUCAUUGUUGAAUGAAAUAAUAUAAAUUUAAAAAGUGAUUUCCUGUAUGUACAGGACAUGGUGUGGUAGAAUAGUUAUGAUUGUGGUAUAGCAUAAAUAUGUGUGUACUUAAUGUCUUCCCAAUAAUUCUUUCUAUGCUCAUAUCUGUAAUUGCCAUUUGUCAUUUUUACUAGAUUGAACUGCAGACAACAGAAACCAGAAAAUGGUGAGUCCAUCAUAAAAUGUAUAACAAAGUUCAAAGCAGUCAAUAAACAAAUGCAAGGAAUUUAUAUAUAAAAUUCUGUAAGGUAAUAGAAAUUGUGAGCAAAUGGAAACAUUUACAGAAAUGUAUGAUCACUCAUUUGAAAGCUAACAUCACCCAGAUAUCCAGAAAAGUUAAAGUUUUGUGAUCAGAUAUGUGAAAGCUGUGAAAUUACACUAAUUUAUAUAAUCAUUGUUGAGCAUCAAUACACAAAAAUCUAUUUUUCUGCAUUGUAUAGCAGUAUGUGUACAUAGUAGGCCAUGUAUGAGCAAACAGUCUUCUGUUUUGAUGUAAUAUUUCUGUGAAUAUUGAUAAUAUGGUUGGGUGUGUAAGUGUUGAAGUUAUGGCCUAGUGUGGAAUGUGAUUAUUUUAAAGAUUUUUUCCUUUAAAAACAGGCAACUGCAUGAAAAUUGUGUUCAAACUAUUCAUGUAUGCCACCUGUUUAUUAGAAACAUGUUGCAAAUAAAAUAUGAUUGAUUGUCAUGUGUUUAUAUAGUGGCAUCAGUCACAUCAUUGGUACUAAGACAUAUUAGGUAUGUUUGAGACUGUAAUAUAAAAUGUCCCCCCUCAUCUUCACAGUCUAAUAUACAUUUACAUAAGUUUUGACCUAUCAAAAAUUGUUAAGAACUUCUUCACUGAUAUAGUGGACAUUAUUAUUUCUUUGGCAUACAUUCCAUAAUAAGUGAAGCAGUGCUUGUGAUUUGUUGUGCAAAAGUAAUGGCAUAUCUGCCUAAAUAUGUGUAAAUUAAACUGUCAUUUAAUUUUAAAAAUCCCAGGGAUUACCAACCCUUCAAGACCUAGGAACAUACUUGCUGUUUUUUAACAACUUGUGGUCUGCCAAAUUAUUAAGUAGUUACUCAUCAACGAUGUCAUUAUUGAUAAAAAUAAAAAUUAUAUGACUGUCAAAUAAUUUACAGUAUAUACAUGUGGCAUACCAUAUGCUGUUUGUAUAUUUUAAUAUGAAAAGGUAAUACAAUGUUAUAAUUUAUAGUUCUGUCUGGCACACAACAACUGGUUUCUUUAGAAUAUUAAUUGUCCACGAUGAUGUUGCAUCACCUGUAUGGUGUGAAAAACUGUAAGAAGGUAUCAGAAUCAUAGGCUGUCAAGGUUUUGUAUACCUUUCAUGAAUUGCCAUAUCAGUCUUUUCAAUAUAAGAAACUCUGACAGGUGAAACAAUUUUCUUUAUAUUGGUCUGUUUAUAGAAAUAUAAUGGUUAUUUUAUUACAAAUUUGAAAAUGUGAAUGAUCUUUGUAAUCAGUGUCUUAUAUGGAUGCAUAUCUUUCAGAAAUGAUAUUUUAAAAGUUUGUGCCACUAAUACAAUACAUAGUAAUUUAGGAAACCAAAAUAAAAGGUCUGUCUGUCAUUAAAAUAUUUUCAAAAGUAGUAUGUUUCUUAGCACAUGUAUUACAUUGUAUUAAACAUAAUAUAAUUUGUUAUAAAAACAGGUUGACUUUCCAACUGAAUUCUGUCUAGGUUUUAAUGUAAUCUGUCACAUUUACUGGCUGUUUUUUGGGAUGAAUUGCAUUGUCCAAAGAUUUAAACUAGAACCAAUUUCUCUUUAGGUAGGAUAUCAGGUUCUCACAGCACUGAGUACUAAAAUGGCCGUCCUCUGGAUUGCAGUGUCAUGUAGUCUGGUAGAAGUUUACCAACAUUUCAGAGGUCCUUGUUGCCUCCAUCAUCAGGGCUAUGAAUCAUUGGCAAACUUCUACCAGACUACAUGUUGCUAUAUAACCCAGAAGGUGGACAUCCUACAACUCGGACUUUCGUUUUGCCUCUGUCCUGAGGUUUGAAUCCAAGACCUUAAGAAUAUGAAGCAGUAGUACUGAUUGUAAUGUUCAGUGAGAUGGGAAGAUGAUCAUAAAUAGUAAUUAGGGAUUUGGAACAAGAUGGUCAUGGUUUGUUUCAGUGUAUUAUCUGACUCACCUGGAUGACUUGGGGGAAAAUCAUAAAAGCAUAGCCAGUAACCCAGACAAGAUUUGAACCCGGUAUUAACAUGUUUAUUACCUUGCAGGUGCUCUUGAAGUGAAAUGACGCGCUUCAACUGCAAAUAUUAAGAGUAAGAAAGAAAAAUUACUUAUACAAAAAUUUAUCACCCAUGCUAUGCUGUGGAUUAUGGAAAGUUGACUUUGACCCCUUAUAUGUGUUUUUAACACAAAAAUUGUAUUGAUAGUAUGAGUAUUUCAAUGGGAAAUGGUGUCCAAUUAUAUAUACUUAUGUCAAUUACAUGUAAAGAAUUGUUAAGAGAAAAUGUUCAUAUUCUGAUUCUGUGAAUUAUGUCAAUUCAGUCUGUGAUUUCGUUCUUCACAUAAUAAAGUAUAUUUGAUGUUAUUGUCUUUCUGUAAGCUCAUAUCAUUUUAUCACCAAUAGUGAUACAAGAAUAUAUAGUUCAUUAUGAUUGCAUACCAUGUCCACAUUCAUGCUAAUUUUAUACAGUUACAUUUCAAAAGUACUGACACUGUAUAAGAGUCAGAAAGAAAUUAUUAUUCUUUGUAUUUUGUCAAGUAUUCACUAUAUAAAACAUCUCAAAUAAAAAUUUUAGUUUCUAA